UGCUGGGUAGGAUGCUCCGAGGCGCCCUCCACUCUCCGAGGGAACGCUCUUCAGCUGACUGAAGCAGGGAAGCCGAGCCAAUCAGAGGCCGCUUUCCUAGCUCAGUCACCAGUCUGUGGUUGAGGAAGGGUUUUGCUUUUUGUGCUCUGUAUUGGGAAGGCAGAUAAAAUGCCAGGUCUGGACUGCCUCUGGGGAUAACCUCACCCUGUGGGAUGUGAAUGAAUAGCAUCUUGCCUGGUAAAUCCACAGGAAUUGAUAAGGCAGGCGCAGUUCUCCCAAACAGGCCUUUUCUCUUUAAGCUCUAGCUGUGGUUUCUGCAGCAAUUUUGUUUUUGCCUUGAAAGAGGUGCUCUGGAUUAUCAGACCUCCAUGUAUGACAAUUUGUACCUGCAUGGAAUUGAAGACUCGGAGGCUGAAGAAUAAUGUGAUGUGUUACCCAAGAUGGUGUGAACAGAGCUUCAAGCCAAUGGAGAAGACUAGGCCUAAAUAGCUGACCUGGUGAAGUGACACAUAAAGCCACACCUGGAGUGCCACCUCCUCAGCAGUCUUUCUCAGUGCCAAUGCAUUUAUGGCUGGUUCAGCGGAUUCCUACACAAGCAGGCCGUCUGACUCCGAUGUCUCUUUGGAAGAGGACCGGGAAGCAAUUCGACAGGAGAGAGAACAGCAAGCAGCUAUCCAGCUUGAGAGAGCAAAGUCCAAACCUGUAGCAUUUGCCGUGAAGACAAAUGUGAGCUACUGCGGCGCCUUGGACGAGGAUGUGCCUGUUCCAAGCACGGCUAUCUCCUUUGAUGCUAAGGACUUUCUACACAUUAAAGAGAAAUAUAACAAUGAUUGGUGGAUAGGAAGGCUGGUGAAAGAGGGCUGUGAAAUUGGCUUCAUUCCAAGUCCACUCAGAUUGGAGAACAUACGGAUUCAGCAAGAACAAAAAAGAGGACGUUUUCACGGAGGGAAAUCAAGUGGAAAUUCUUCUUCAAGUCUUGGAGAAAUGGUAUCUGGGACAUUUCGAGCAACUCCCACAUCAACAGCAAAACAGAAGCAAAAAGUGACGGAGCACAUUCCUCCUUACGAUGUUGUGCCAUCAAUGCGUCCGGUGGUGUUAGUGGGGCCGUCACUGAAAGGUUAUGAGGUAACAGACAUGAUGCAGAAAGCCCUCUUUGAUUUCCUGAAGCACAGGUUUGAUGGGAGGAUAUCAAUAACGAGAGUGACAGCUGACAUUUCUCUUGCUAAGAGGUCUGUCCUAAAUAAUCCCAGCAAGAGAGCAAUAAUUGAACGUUCGAACACCCGGUCCAGCUUAGCGGAAGUACAAAGUGAAAUUGAAAGAAUCUUUGAGUUGGCAAGAUCUUUGCAACUGGUCGUUCUUGAUGCAGACACCAUCAAUCACCCAGCACAACUUAUAAAGACUUCCUUAGCACCAAUUAUUGUUCAUGUAAAAGUCUCAUCUCCAAAGGUUUUACAGCGGUUGAUUAAAUCUAGAGGAAAGUCACAAAGUAAACACUUGAAUGUUCAACUGGUGGCAGCUGAUAAACUUGCACAAUGUCCCCCAGAAAUGUUUGAUGUUAUAUUGGAUGAAAAUCAGCUUGAGGAUGCAUGUGAACAUCUAGGGGAGUACCUGGAGGCAUACUGGCGUGCCACCCACACGACGAGUAGCACACCCAUGACCCCACUGCUGGGAAGGAAUUUGGGCUCCACAGCACUCUCACCAUAUCCCACAGCAAUUUCUGGGUUACAGAGUCAGCGAAUGAGGCACAGCAACCACUCCACAGAGAACUCUCCAAUUGAAAGACGAAGUCUAAUGACCUCUGAUGAAAAUUAUCACAAUGAAAGGGCUCGGAAGAGUAGGAACCGCUUGUCUUCCAGUUCUCAGCAUAGCCGAGAUCAUUACCCUCUUGUGGAAGAAGAUUACCCUGACUCAUACCAGGACACUUACAAACCCCAUAGGAACCGAGGAUCACCUGGGGGAUAUAGCCAUGACUCCCGACAUAGGCUUUGAGUCUGAUGAAACAAAAAAUAUUCAUCUGUUGACAAUUUGCCAUAGCAGUGCUAGGAUAAACCAAUCAUCUUAACUUGGCUAACAUAGCACAGUAUUUACUGUGCCAAUGGGCUGCUGUCAUUUUAUGCUAAGUAAGGGGCAAAAAAAAUUACAUUAUGCCCUUGAGUCUAGAUGGAUAUUAGAUGCCCGAUCAUAUAGAUAUUUUUAAGUGCAACAUUUACAUGAUAACAGUACAUUUUGUUUUCUUCAUAGAUUUAGACACAUCAAUUUGUAAUUUAGGGUACUUACAAGGCACAUAUAAAAUAAUUUCCCAUGCUGGAAAUUCCAAAUGACCAGUUCCAGUUGGAACCAAUUUAUAAACCAAUUCCUGUUGGAAUUUGGGUGAAUUGACUAGAAAGUCUACUUGAGCAUGUUGUAAUCAAUUGAAAAAUCUGGGAAAAAAAAAAACUAAUAAGAAAAUAGAAAUACCAAUAGAAGCCAAAUCCAGCUUUGGUAUUUAUUUGCUGGAAGCUAAAUUUACACUUAAAGUUGGAGUGUAUAAACAUUUUAAUAUAUGUUAAUGUUGCCAGAAUGACUUUUCAAACUUACCAAAUGUAUUGAUAGUGCCAAAAAAAAUCUCAGAAAUCUUAAUGCAGAAAUUAUAUAGUCUCCUCAGAUUUUAAUAUUUUUAUUUCUUUCCUGGCACAGCUGUUGUAUUCAAAGUGUUUUGCUUUUUGUUUAGUCAGUACUGUUAGCUCAUUUGAGGUUGGCAAAAACAAAUACAAACAAGCAAAAAACCUCAAAAUGUUUUCAGCAGUAAGAGAGAAUAGUAAAGAGAAGCCCAAGCAUAGCUGGUUAUGUGAAAUAUAAAAUGGGGUGUUGUUCUCCCUUUAAUCAAUCUGAGCACAACUACAUACAUCCAGGAAUCUAAAGUCAGAUAGUAAGGAUGUGGUACCAAUCCUCCUGAGUGUAAUGCUAAGCACUUCCAGACGGGAAUUCAUCUAUUUCUCUUAAUACAAACGCAGGGUCAGUAUUUCCCGCCAACAAGAUUGAGUAUCUUUCCAUUGCUUCUUUCAGUCUCUGUCUUUGGAUAUCUGAAUGUUCUGGCCCUUCAGCAGAUUCUUUAAAUCAUGCUAAGGAUUUUUGUUUUAUGUGGACACACUCAACUUUGAUAUUCAGGAGGUGUUUUUACAAAAUGACUAAUUGAAAAAGGUUGAAACAAAUGAUUUUGAAAGCUUGCACCAAAAAAUAAACUCAUAGAUUCAGAAAUAUUUGUUGACUAAAAUUAUAGCAUUUUAAUGCAGAAAAUUAUAAAGAAUUUGGAGAUUGAGCUGCCUUAUUUCUAAUGAACACUCCUCUUCAUCUUAUUAAGUCUUCACCGUUUUUCCAGUGGCUAUAAUUAUGGAAUUGGUGACCUAUGUUUUAUAUUAUCAAGGAAGCCUUAGAUUCACUAUGAUCCAAGAAAUUAUUGAAAUUGACCCUUUUUACAUAAAUAUCUUUUAAAAAAUUGCUCUUGUUUCUAAAUGUCCACAGUGCAUGCAUUUUCUAAAACUCCAAUAAGUCCAGCCAUCAAAGUCCUUUUCUGCUAGUACAUGUCAUGAAGCCUAUUUUUGAAAAUGAUGAUAAUUAAUUUUAUAGUAUCUUCUUUUCUCCCCAAGCCUUUCAAUAUUUAGGUACUCAAAGCAUGCACCAGUUCAGUAAUCUUCUCGACCAUGGAAAGAAGUUCCAUAUUACUGAUGAAUUAUAUAUAUAUCUUGAACCCCAUUACAACCUCACCACAUCCCCCCUGCCUUUAUGUUCACUAUAUGUACCCCAUUACAAACCGGUUUAGCUGAUAAUGAGGAUACCUAUAAAUCUGUAAGUCAUUUCAAAUAUUUGAUACAAUUAAAAAAUAUGGGCUUAGUAAAUUUUAAAAGUUAACAUGUGAUACUGGCUUGUGAGAUUCUUCUGUCAUCUAGUGAAGCUUACAAAACUUUCAGUUAAGACAUUUUAAAAGAGUUAUAUCCAUUAGGCACUUUAAUAAACAUAUAACCUGCCAUUACUGAAUACUUUGUUAGAACACAGAAGAGCAUCUUCCAGCAAACAAAAAUAUAUUUAUUACAUGUACAGCACAUACUUGCAUGAGAAAGAAAACAUUAGCCAAAACAUUUUUCUAUAUGCUUUACUGGUUUCUUGUUUGUGCGCAUUAAAGUAUUUAAUUGCAAAGAGUGCACCAAGGUGUAUAAAUUUAGACUAGACAGCUGUUCAGCUUUUUCUGUAGUAGCAUUAGCAAUUUGGUCAUUUAACUACUUUAAGAUAUUUACAUUUUAUGGCAGGUAGCUGUAACAGCAUUUACAUAUAUUUCCUAGUCAUCAAGAUUACCAUCUUCUUUCAACUUUUUAAAAGUCACUUGUUUUUAAAGGCCUCUCAAAGCCUUGUUUUUAGUCUUCCAUGUCAUGCCGAUAAGGAGAGGCUCAUUCAAUAUCUGUGCACAAAACCAAUCUAUCAUUUACCGUCAGACGUCCAUACCUGUUUUGCUUUGCAUUCUUACUCAAAAGCUGACAAUCUUGGAAAGGGUAUAAUGUAUAUUUUAUUGAUGGAUAUAUUUAAAUGUUUACUUUAAUUUGGCAUAUUCUUUCCCCUUCCUUCUGUAAUAAGUUUAUCUUCCUCAGAUAAGGGGAUAUACAUCUUAUUUUUUUUAAAGACUUAAGAGUUUAUUGUGUAAAUGAUACUUAAAAUCUAGAUAUAUACUAAAUGAAAAGUUUUAUUUUUGCCAAGCACACCAAGCACCUUUGAAAAAUACAUAUUCCAUAAAUACUUUGUUUUUAAUUAAUUUCAUUUAAAGAUAGCAAAUGAUUAUAGGCAGGAGAAACAAGUCUUUUACUGUUUGGAGGCUGUUUUAACUUACAGUACAAGCCACAUACUAGAAUUCUGUAAUUUCAGUCACAGACAUAUAAUAAUAUGGACUCAUGUGAGAAUGUGGAAAUGUAGUUCUGGAAAAAAAAAGGAAUGCAAUUUGUCGAUCCUGAUGUUAAUUCUCAAGGGUAUAAUGUGACUCUAAUAUUAUAACCAACAACAUUAUCUUGUUUAACAUUUAAAGCAACACUUAGAAAUGUUUAUAAGUGAUGAUUCUCUCUUAUCUUUAUACAGUUCUAUUGGAGAGAAGGUUGAAAUUGUUCACAAUUUAGACUGAUGGUCUUUCCUACUAAGAGUCUUAAUUUUGUGACUAUAUAAGUCAUUGCAGUUAGUCUUUAAUGAAACGAAUUUUAUUAAUGUGAAACAAAUUCUGAGACAAUUAUUUGUUCCCUUUAAAUAAUCUGCUAUUUAAUUGUUGUUGUUGUUGCAAAAUGUAUUUUUGGAAUGUUAACCUCUUUUCAUACCUGCAUACUUGAACUUGUCUUUUGUGUGGGGGCCUUAAAAUUCAUAAUAGGAAGUGGAGGCAGUGAAAGGAAGUAAGAAAAGGAAAUUAUUCUAAAAGAUGGUUUGCAAAUUUAAACUCUUUAAAUGAACAUAUCACAAAAUGUUGUUAAGACCCAGGAUGUCCAUUAAGAAUGUUUCUUGGCAACCUUAAUUUGCAUGUUAGUAUAUAUUUUCUUAGUUACACAGUUUUAUUUUGGUAUUUGCUUAAAAAAUGUAAUACCAUUAUAAAAAUUACCCUAUGUACUGAUAUAUUUACUACCUCUUCUCUAGAGAAGACAAUCUGUCUUUAAAGGGAAAAACACUGGUCAAUAAGUAGUGAUCAAAAUUAUCACUAUUCUGGCUAACCUUGCUGCAAAACUAAAUGCAUAGAGUGUUAAAAUAUGCCUUCCCUUUAGAUUUUAAACUGUUUCCAAAAUGCUCUUUGACACCCUUUCAUUUCUUUCACGUUAGUGAAGUUUUCUUUGAAUUGAUCCACAGUUUAUCAUGAGGCAAGGUUAAUUUAACAUGUAAGUCAUCAUAGGGAACAAAACAAACUGCAAGGGAAUUGCCUUUGUGUGCAACUUGUUAUAAUAUCUAGUUCUAAGUCUAAAAGAGAGUAGAAGUCCAGAGACUUUAUGUUUAAGAGCAGCUGGUUUGCAAAUCCACAUUUUGUUGGUCCUUGACUUCUGCAGAGACCCAGAGCAUGACUUAGCUAUUUACUGGGUAAGGAUAUGCAUUAUCUUGGACUCCCAUGUAAUUGGAAUAAACUUCAUAUCAAUGUUUCAAAUAAAUGCUGUGUACCCCUUAUUCCUUUUAUAUUUCUGCCUUUGUCUUUUAUGACAAUGUUGCAUGUUGUGUUUUUUUUUUAAUUAUAUAAAACUCAUCCUUGAAUGACUAUAUGAAUGAAAACUUUAUAGGAAAUUAUGUAAUAAAAUCUGUUUUAUUAGUUUCUCAUACCUUUAAAUACUGUCAAUAUUUAAAAUAACUCUUACUAAGUUUACUUCCUCAAGCUAUGUCUAUGGGGCAAAACAGUCCUCUUCUUUAAAAUGGUAAUCAUGAUCAAACCAGUCAAGUCAAUCCAGUUAGCUGUUAGACAGACAGUAAGGAUAACCUUCUUUUUGACUCAAGCAGUCAAGUUAGUCAAAAUAGUAAAAUUGGCUUAUAUGGGCACCCAGAACUACAGCAUUCAAAAAUUACUUUUAAAGAUUUCUUCUUUUAUUAAAAUGGACUUUCUUAAAAUACAUCCUCUGAUAGCAACUAUCUCUUUUUACUUAUAGAUGAUUAAUUCUAAAUGCUUCAUGUAAUUGAGGGACAUUAUGAGAAAACUAGAAAGUUUCUCAUCAGAUAAUCCUAAGGGCUGUAACUUCUACUUGCCAUAAACAAAGUAUAAUUAAGAGUGAGUAGCAAUUGGUUUGGGGGAGUCUUAGUUAUGUAUGAAACUUUCUUUUGUUUCUCAUGAUGUAUGUAAAAUGUUUGCAGAAGGAUGGUAGAAAUUGUUACUAAUGAAUUUAGAGUGGUUUGGGAGAAUACACUGAUACUUCCUCAUUUGAAAAUUAUAAGGAGUUAAAAGGGGAACUAAGAACCAGUAGUGGCUGGCCUCUAGCUUUUCAAUACUUUGUAAGUGUUCUUGGUUAUGUUUUGAACACUUAAAUUUCUCAACAAAUGGCUAUGUCUAUAUUUAUGUAGGGGCCACUCUUGCCCUACUUGCAUGCCACUUUCACACACUUUUAACUGAAAUCGGUGUGAAUUCUGUAUGCAUAAGGGAUGUAUUAAAGAUGCGGGAUCAUUAACGCUAUAUUGUUGCAUACUAUUUUUCAUAUGCCUUACAAUAUUUUCUGGGACGUUAUUAAAAUGAAAGCAUUUUAUUGCCAAAAUAAAUCUAUGUUGUUAUUUAUAAUCUGCAUUAGCAGUAGAAAAAUAAUGUAGCAAAAACAUAUUGUACAGUACAAAAUUAUAAAAUAUAUAUUUUGCCAAUAAUAUAAAAAUAGAUUGAGGAGAAAGAAGCACAUUUGUUAUAGCACAAACUUAUAACAAAAUCCACUGUUAAAUUUGGCAGUCAUAUUUUUGAAAAGUAUGUCGAUUAGUUCUAUCAGAUUUACUUCAUCUACCAUCUUUUUAACUUGCUGCUUGAUACUGUUCCAGCAAUUUAUUUCAUAGCCUUGCAAUCUGUGGAUGUAAUUUCUUUUGUUUUAUUCCCUUCCAUAAAGUUUAUUAAAUUUUAUUUUGUGAUAACACUCAUACUAUAUUUUCUCUUCUUAUUUCUUCUCUUUCAAUAACAACAGCAGAAAGUCACAGCAAGUGAGCUCAUAGGGCUCCUCUGAAUUUUGGACAUGUUUGAAAUUUUCGUAUUUUUCACAGCCUCAAGUCAGAAAGAUCAAUAAAGAUGUCCCAACCACAAAGAAUUAUAUUACUUAGGGAUUCUUUAGUUUGUUUUGUACUGAAUACUACUUUGAAACAUAAUUUAAAGCCAUUAGCUGUGUUUUUGUAGGGAUGGUGGGAGGGAAUAAAAAAUAAAUGUAUUAACAUAAAACAUACUAAAACAGAAAUAUGGCAAAAUGAUAUAAAAAGAUUUUUCCUACUAUUCUGAGGGCUGUUGAAAUCCCAGGCUAUUGCUAUAUCUCCAUUGACAAAGUGGGAUAAAAAAAUGCCUUUGUCAAAUAAUUUUUUUUCUUUCUUUAAAUUUUAAUUAUUUUAAUAAUGUGUCCCCUUUUAUUUUUCCUAUCUAGGUAUGUGUAGCAUUCUACAAGGCAUGCUGGGUAAAAUAUACUAUGCAAAUGUGUACAGUGCUGCAUGUUUUGUUCUCCCUCUGCUUUAGUGGCUUUAAAGAAAAAAAUGUGGUGUUAUUUUUGUGAAUAAAAACAUUUAACAAAGAAAAUGCAGAGUGCAUGCAUAGAGUAUCCUCAUUUCUAUGGAUUUGUUUUAUGGAAUUCAAAUGUGUACAAAACAACUGCAUUACUUUUUUUCUUUUAUAUAAUAAAUGAAAAAACACUGAAA